CGCGCCGGUUAAACAAACGUACGUGUGUCGCACGGAGAGGCGAACAGGAGCCGCUUUCAUCUGUUAAUACAGAAACUAAGCGGGUUUCUUUCUGAAAACUUUUUGUCGCCUAACUGACAGGCGACCAUCAUCAAUAUGCCGAGCAGCUGUCGGGAGUGUGGCUCAUCUAAUGUUGUAAGGGAUGAUCUGUACUCGCAGACUCAGUGGGUAUGUGAGGAUUGUGGCACUGUGUCGGAAGAGGGGCAUUUGACCACCACGCUGAGCGAAGAGGCCAUGAGCAGAUCUGUGCCAUAUUAUCUUUCCACGGAGGCGAGCAAGACACCGUGCAGAAAUCUACUUGCAGGCUUCUCUCGUGUUCGUGCCUUGUGUCGUAUACUCCGCUUAUCCAGUAACAUGGAAGCUGAAGCAGUGAGUUUCUUUGAGCGUGCGUACAAUCACCCAAACUUCCUCCGCGCCGCCUUGAUGAAGAAGGAGAUCUUGGGAGGCUGCUGCAUACUGUUUGUCUGUAGGCAGGGCAACUGGCCUAUUGCUAUGGGGACCAUUAGCUACCUAUUGGGGACGGACAGUCCUUCAAUGGGUCCGGUUUAUCAAGAACUUACAAAGAGUCUUAACAUUAAGACCACGACCCAAGGCAUCACAGACCUGCUGGAAAGCUUCUGCUAUGAGUUCAAGCUGCGUCCUGAACAGGUGGAUGAGGUGUUAUCUGAAACUCCCCAGCAGUUGGUGGACAGAACAUCAGCACUGAUUGAAGUAGCCGCAGAGGCCUGGAUAGUUACGGGACGCCAUCCUCUGCCCCUCCUCAUGGCAGCGGUGUACGUGGCCUGGCAGUCUCUAAAUCCCAAGGCCCGCAUGAAAUACACAUUCAGUGCGUUCUGCCAGAUUGGAAAGGCGCCCGAACAGGCAUGGCGCAGAAGUAAAGAUACGGUCAUGAAGCGGUUGAGCGAACUGCGGGAGGUGUUGUGCAAACUGGGCCGACAGCUGCCCUGGCUGAGGGGGAAUACGGUGGAGCCCAACACGGUGGCCACGCUGGUGGAUGACAUCUUGAAGAACCACCGGGUGCUGCUUUUGAGGGCGGUUAGGAACUACGAAGAACAACUGCAGAAUGAGCCUUUAAAGACUGAAAGUACACCCAGCCCUGGAACCACGCACGACGAAAAUGACACAGAUCCACCUAAGGUCACGGAUCCUGAUCAGGUUGAGAAUGCUCCUGAUAAAGAGACCUCAGACACAGAACUACCACCAAACCACUGGGGAAAAAGGCACUUGUUUUUACCUCCCUGUGUGAAGAAUUGCAAACGGCAGAGGGUGGACGAACCGCAGAUGGAAGUGACGGGAGACGAGGACAUAUCCGACAGCGAGAUUGAAUCGUACAUUCGCUCGCAGGCUGAGAUUAACAUGUAUUUAAGGGCUCAGAAUGAGCUGGAGGAAGCGUAGCUGUGUUUACAUUCCAAACUGAAGUUAUCAUGUUUACUGAAACGUUGAUUUUUUUUGUUUUUUACUCUUCUUGACUCAAGGAUAUGGCACUGAAUGCUUCUACAUCAUUUUCUUAUUAAUAAAAACAGUUCCUGGCAUAUGAUUCAGAAGAUCAUUUCUUCCUGGACUGUUUAUUAUUUUUGAGUGAAUUGAAGUAUUCAAGGUUGAAUCUGUGAAUUAGAGGUUUAUAUUGUUUAUAAUGAAUAAUGACUGCAGCCAUUACAUUUCCCGUGUACAUAUGUUUUAGCAUUUUGCUGUGCUCCUUGUCCGUGAAUAUAUUGUUCUGAGUUCGCACCCGAGUUCAUUUAUUUUAAUUGUGUACUGUCACAGCUGUUUGCCAUGCAAUCUAUUUUGUUGAGGAUUUAAGUGAUGUAUUUAUCAUAAUAAAAUAACAAAAUACUGU